AUGUCAUUAGACGAUGAAUUUGAAAAGUGUCAAGAGAUCGAGUUCACACAUGCUCAAUUCCUUUUUCGAUCCUACCUGUUCCCCGUCGUCUAUCUGUUUGGCAUUAUAUCAAACACUAUCAAUAUAUGCGUAUUUUCACAAAAAUCGAUGCGAAACCAUACAGUAAACUGGUUCUUCCUUGCUCUCUCAUGCUCCGAUCUCCUUACUCUCGUCUCUUCAUUCUUUGUCUUCUCAGUACCAGUUUAUGCUGAAAGUUCACGAGAUCCAUGGUACAUUGAUUGGUCUGUUCAACUGAUUGUCUGGUUCUAUCCGUUGGCUCAAACUGGACUAACAAUGUCUGUCUAUGUGACAAUUCUCGUAUCAGUUCAUCGAUAUCUCGGUGUGUGUCAUCCGUUUUUAAUCCGUCGAAUUUCGAAUUCAAGCGCAGUGAAAGCAGUUAUUGUGGCUGCUGUCAUUUUUGCAUUUGUAUUCAAUACGAGUCGUUGGUUUGAACUUCAUGCUCAACCAUGUUUUUAUGAUUCUGCAGGACAAACUAACUCAUCAGUCGUUUAUCCGACUGCUUUAAUGAUGAACAAUGUGUAUACUCUAAUCUUCCGAAAUGCAGCAUAUACAAUCGUCAUGUUCUUCUUACCAUUUGCAGUCUUGACAUAUGUUAAUCUCAGAAUAAUUGCUACACUUCAACAGUCGUAUAAAAUGCGAAAAGCAAUGACAACAUUACGAACGAAACGAAGUGAUUCUACAGUACCCACUGAUACGAUUGUCACGAAAAUAGAUGGAUAUUCAGCAGUUGUUCCAGUUGAAAAUGGAACAGGUGGCUCUGGAAUUAUGAUGGGCGGUUCGAACGGUGGAAGUGUGAAAAAUGAGAAGAAAGAGAACGGAGUGACGGUCAUGUUGGUGGCAAUUACUACCGAAUUUCUAUUAUUUAAUUUGAUUGCUUUCGCCAAUAAUAUCAUCGAGUUGUCCACCAUUCGAUUCUUCCAAGAUAUUGAAACUCUUCUAGUGGAGCUCUCAACAUUCCUUGUGAACGUGAAUGGAGCAUCCACGAUAAUUAUUUAUCUGAUAUUUGGAAGCAAGUAUCGAAAUGUGUUCAUGCGACUCAUCAAGAACAACUUUGGAUUCCAUUCCUGUGGAGAUUCUCCGAAACGACCAAUCGGAUAUUCUCAAGCACAUUUCGAAACGACACAAUUACUAGAUAAUUCUAGGUUCGAUCUGAAUCGAAACAAGCAAGCCAGUGUGAUCCGUCGUUCCGACAUGUCAACUUCGAUAAGAUCAUCUUCGACUAAAAAAACCACGCUGACACCUUCAUAA